AUGGCGCUCGUAAGGUCCCUUGCAAGCGUCCGAGGCAAGGUAAGUCUUUUAGCCCUUAAAAGGAUAAAUUCUUUGAAACUUGAAUUUUUAUUUGAUGAACUUUCCUUUUAUUUUCCAGGGUGUCUUUUCAGCGAUUUGCCGCAAUACCUUUAGCACAACCCCGAGGGCCUCGGCAACGGUGAGUUUGUAUAGGUCUACUAGCUAGACUGGCCAAGUGACAUACCCCACUAAUUGACUGUGCUUGAAUCAAAGAUUAUUAGCCACUGAUUUUCGUCAACCCAUCUCUUAUCCACCUAGAAAAAAAGACAAUGACAAUAUCGUGCGGUAAAUUGUGUAAAACGAGAAAAAAAUUUCUUGAUGCAUUUUGUUUAGUACGUCUGUUCGCCUUCUUUAAUCACGUGAAGAGUAAUGUUCGACUCGUGCUUUAACCUAUCAUAUUCAGCCCGUUUUAUUUCUGGUCGAUUUUUCUGAUCAUGUCAUGAUCACUCAAAAUUGGUGCUUUUUUAUACAUAUGUAUGUGUUAUUUUUAGUACAUUCCUUUACAUAAGAUCUUAUGUGGUUUGUUGUACAAGGUGAAAGAGAUAAACAAUCCAAAACAGACAAUGAUUACUUAAAGUCAAUGUGCAACAAACUGUAGAACAACAAAAAUGAACCAUGUUCUUAACUUAAGAAAAAAACAAAGUAAGGCAAAAACAAGUUGAGAGAGAAACAUUCUUUAAUUUGCAAGGAGACUACUUGUAGAUAUUUGUAAGUUCUAAUGUGACACUAUCACUUGUAUCAUAGAGACAAUGAGUUUGUCAUAGAGCAGGGUGCUCUUUAAAUUCUUUGUAUUACCUGAGUUUCCUAGUUUUGGCUGUGAUUUGCAAAUCUAAUGAGUCGUUUUAAUAUCUUCCUAGAGGUGGAGAUACGUCAUGCUUGAAUUUUUCAAUAACUUUGAUGCAUGUCAUGUUAAUUAACUUUAAACCUCACAGGAGUUACGUAACCCAGAACUGUCAAGGAAUCUAUUAAUAUUCAUUUUCGUUCAAAACUGCAUGUGUUAUAAUUUUCUUGUCAGUUACAGUUUAGUUGUUGUGUAUUAAAGGUCUUGUCUUCAGUGGAGUCGUUUCCUGUUUGAAGAACACAACAAUGUAUUAUAAAUGUAAAUCUAUCAAAACUGACCACAUACUGUAAACUUAUGUAACCUGAAGUGCAGCAUUAAAUGUUAUGCACUUAACAGUGAAGGGUUGUAUUGUGAAUGGUACAGUGAUUGUUUUUUAACAGAUGACUGUCAGAGAUGCCCUAAACUCUGCCAUGGAGGAAGAGAUUAAAAGGGACGAUAGAGUUUUCUUGUUGGGUGAAGAAGUGGCCAUGUAUGAUGGUGCUUACAAGGUGGCUAUGUAUUAACAAUUGUUUUCAGUCUUGCGCAAUCUUGUUGUUUUGUCUGCAAAGAUAAUCACAACAGUCUCAGGUACAGGUCAAGGUGUCAGGAACGUCCCAUUUUACUGUGCAAUACUAGCCAUGUAUUUCAUUUUAUAUAAUAAGCUCAGUUAUGCACGCAUUCUGAUUGGUUUUCACUUAUGAUCUAUUAGAGGACAGAUGUAUAGAUGAUGUCAUCAUUUAAACUUUUUUUCUGUAUAUUUUAAUUCUUUAUUAUAUAAAACAAAUAGAUUCCAAGUUGCCGUGCGUCUGUUCAGAAAUAGAUCACAGGAUGUCAAAAUGUGGUAAGAACAUCAGUGACACACUCAGCUGCACCUUGUGUGCCACUUUUUUGUUCUUACCACAUUUUGACGUCAUCUGUGAUCUAUUACUGAACAGACGCAUGGCAACUUGGAAUCUAUUUGUUAAUUAGCAAGAAGGUAAUUUUCUCUCAGAGAAACCAACAAUAGAAAAAAAAUAUGUCGACAGCCUAUCUUUACAGUCUGCAUCCUAAUUCUAAUCUUAGAGAACUUUUACAUGGUUUAACAUUGAUAAAAAAAUUUGUUUCAUUGAUGAUUUUUGUUAAGAUUAUGGUUUAUUACGUGAGUAGGUGUCCUUGCACUUCCAUGUUUCUUUCUUAGCAAUUAUAAUUGUACUUCCCUGUUUUAUGGUCAUUGGUGCUAUACUCUGAUAAUUUUUCUCAGUUUAAUCAUUGGGUUCAGGGUCUUUACCUCUUUAACUCCCCAGACCUGGUUGUUUUUUCUUCACUUAAGCUGCUACUCAUUUCUUUGUAAAUUAGUUACAAGAAUGUGGUCUUAGAUCCAAGAUGACUUCUACCUGAUAAUUUUGGAUGUUCUCAUGACCUAUUUGCUGGAUUAUGUAUGGGUAUUAUAGGGAGAAGUUGCAUGUUAAUCACUUCUGGGAGUUAGAGUGUUAAUCUCCUUGGGCUGUAUACUGAACUAGUGUGCUUUUUCUAGUCACUUAUGGUUUGUAAAGCUAAAUCACUGAGGGGAAUGUUGUCUAGCAUGUGAUUUCAAAAACUUCUUCAACAGGUAAGCAGAGGGUUGUGGAAAAAGUUUGGUGAUAAGAGAAUAAUAGACACUCCCAUCACUGAGGUAAGUUACACUGUCACAGUAUAAAAGUAUAAUUUAGCCAUAGAAUAAAAGAGAUAACUAUGCACAUGGCAUGUCUUUAGGGACUUCUAAAAUUUGACCUAUGUAUUGUAAUUCAUUGCAGAUGGGCUUUGCUGGUAUUGCUGUGGGGGCAGCUAUGGUUAGUAAACAUCUCUCAUACAUUUUACUUGCACAGCAUGAUGUAUGAAUGACUGUGAAUAAAUGAAAAUGAUGUGUGUGAACUACAGAAAUAAAUAAAUAUGAAGGCACUCUUUGCAGUAGUGGACUCUACAUAAGCAGUGGUGAAACUAAGGCUUGACAAAAAUUCAGGCCUGUACAAGAUUUGAAUCUAUGGCCUCUGAAAUACCGCUGCAAUGCUUUACUAGCUGAGCUAACAAGCCAACUAAGAGCAGAAAUCUGAAUUAAGCAUUUUUCUACCAGCUAUACAUUGUAUAACCGAUUUGUAAUGUUUUCCCUUGUUCAUGUUUGAUGUUAGGCUGGCCUUAGACCUAUCUGUGAGUUCAUGACUUUUAAUUUUGCAAUGCAAGCUAUUGAUCAGGUCAGUGUACAAAUAACACAUAAAUAAUUGGUUAAAAAAACAGUCUAGUUGCAUUAUUUCACAUCUAUAAGACAUGGCACUAGAUUCUUUUGGACAAGGUGGUAAGAUGUUGCUUAUUCUCCUGAUGUAGGGUUCAUGCCAAAAGCUUGUAACAAAGUUAUGUAUGAACAGUGUAUAUGUUGAACUAAAAAAAAGUUUGUACUCAAGCCAAGUGGCCCAACCUGCUGAACCUUUUCCUGGUUUCUGCAGCAUAAAGUGACUAGAAGUAUCACCACUACCCCCCUCCUCCCUGGAUGGGAUGCUAGUACAUUGCAAGGUCCCCCCCCCUUAAGCACUUCACCAGGCUUCCCUGAUAAGUUGCUGAUACCCACAAUGACCAGGCCUGCCAUGGUAUCGAACCCAGACCUCUCAACCUGGAGUCCAGCACACUAAUCACUAGACUACAGCAUCUCCCUCAUGUAAACUAAAUAGUAACUGAAACAUUUGGGUGUAAAAAAAAUCCCACCAGUAAAAUAACACACUUUGUAUCCAUGCAAAGUAUCAAACCUUUCCUCUCUGUUGCACAGGUGAUAAAUUCAGCAGCCAAAACAUUCUACAUGUCUGCUGGGCAGGUAAAUGACAAAGAAUAGUACUAUGUGUAUUGUCAAAGAGCCUUGUUAAUUUUUGUGAGGUCUUAAACCCUUUUAUUCCUGAGAUCUCGAUGGCACUCCCUCUGAUAAUGUUGGUUCUCAAACAAUUUUAUGUUGGAUCAAAUAAUUAUUAUCCCUUUUGUUGGUAAUUUCUUUAUUCUCGUUAUUUUUCUGCUUGAUAUUGUUUUGAUAAUUUAAGGAGAAAUCACAUUUUAGUCACUCCUGGGAGUGAAAGGGUUAAGUAAUAUGUGUUGAACUUUGAACACUUGUAUGAAUAUGUGCCUUAUGUUACAGAAACUGAAGAUUGUAAUUCUCUAUUGCUACAGUCUUAUUGUCCUCAGUGUGAAAAAAAAGUAAAGCCUGAUCAUGCAUGGCAUAGAUUUACCUAAUAUAUUUGACACCUCUCUUAGCUUGUUGAAAUUGCAGGAAGCAGAUCACAGCUGUAGGGAUAAUACAAAAUUAUUAUCAAGGCCUGAAUAAAAAUCUAUCCAAGUGGACAAGUUAUUGUUUUAUUUGGUCUCUAUCAAACCUAGGUCCCAGUCCCUGUAGUUUUCAGAGGUCCAAAUGGUGCAGCUGCAGGAGUGGCUGCUCAGCAUUCACAGUGUUAUGCUGCUUGGUAUGGUCACUGUCCUGGCCUGAAGGUCAGAAGUAAUUCUUGAAAGAUUAAUUUUUACAGCAAACACUCUGAUAAACCUCCCCCUGCUUCCUUCUCCCUGUGCAUCUGGAGAUUCAAGUUUCUGAUGAGCAACUCACUAUCCCCAAAGUACCUCCUCGUACCCCUUCCUCCAAUCAAAAACUUAAAAAGAAUAGUUCAUUUGGGCUAGUUAACAUUUUGGCACAAAUCAAAUUGUAUUUUAAAGCAGAUAUUUGCUGUUUAUGGUUUUCAAGAAACAUGAUUACUCACAUUUUGACCCUGAAUGAGUCUUUGCAAAGCUCCACUCUUAAGCCCUAAAAAUUGAAUCAUGUAAGCUCCUUGUGUAUCGUCAUGAGUGUGAGACAAAGAAAAAAUCGAAAUACGGAUGAGGAAUCAAACCUCAGACCCUCAAAUUCUGCACUUCAGUGCUCCUCCACUGAUCACAAGCUACGCUCUACAGAGAGUACAACUUUACAAUGAGUCAGGCCAUUACUAGUUAAUUACUGUUAAUCUAAAGGUUAUGGUUGGCUGCCUCAUGGGUUUCCGAUUUUUUCAUUUGACCCACGCUUGACGAGACGAAAGAAAUUAAAAUUGAAAUUGAAAGUAAUUUCAUUACUAAGCUCAAAAUCUACUAUCGUUUUUAUUUGAUUAAGGCUUCCAUUCUGCUUGCUUUUUUUAAUUUGUGAACAACUCAUCAAUAGUCAUGAAGUUGGGAAACGAAUAAGAGUUUUUCUUCUCUCUUAUAUUCCAGGUGGUAUCCCCUUAUUCAGCUGAAGAUGCUAAAGGUUUGCUGAAGUCAGCCAUCAGAGAUAAUGAUCCAGGUAUCCUGAUAUGGUAAAGUGUCUUGUUUAUGAACACUACACAGUGACCCUGGAGGCCAUCACCCUGAUCAUCAGAUCAAGCAAAGUUACAGCUGUAUUAGAAUACUGUUUGGCAGCCAUGUUACUUAUCAUUUAGAUUGAUGCUAGAUUUUCUUAUAAUCUGCACGGUACAAUCAGUUCGAGUCGUUUCUUACGAAGAUAUAUAAAUAUGCAAAGGAAAAAUUGAUCAGUAUUUACUCUUACAUGUUUUUUGACCAGCCUAAGGUUAUUGCUUAUUUCCUUCACAACUUCAGUGGUGGUGCUUGAAAAUGAAGUCAUGUACGGUGUGCAGUUUGAUAUGUCAGAGGAAGCAUUAGACCCUGAGUUUGUAAUUCCCUUUGGAAAAGCUAAAAUAGAGAGAACAGGUGAGUCAUCCCUUUUUUCCUUGGACUUGUGCACUAGAAGUUCAUUGGGUUCCUUUAUCUCAAUGAUUAUCAAUGAUUUUAAUGAUCUAAUAAUUAGUUUUGUUGUUGUCAUAUUGUAGGAAGUCAUAUAACCAUCGUAGCUCACUCAAGGUCUGUUCAGAUUUCUCUGGAGGCUGCGAAACAGCUUGAGGCAGAGAAUAUUGACUGCGAGGUAUGUGCACCGAAGUCUUGAGGCUACAAUGACGAAGAUGAUGACGAUUACAUUGACGACGACGACGAUGGCGACUGUGUGAGCCACAAUGAUAAUGAUAACGAUUUUAUUGACAUUAACGAUGGAUGACUCAUGAUGACGACUCCAAUUUCAUGUACGAUGACGAUGACGAUUACAUUGAUGAUGAUGACGAUGACAAUUAAAUGAUGACAAAGAUGAAGUUGAUGUCGACCAUGACGGUGAUAACGACAUCGACGAGACCCCAUUACUGAGAUGCACGAGUACCUUCCAAAGUGUUGUUAAAACCCCUCCAUUGGUCUUUUUUAGGUGAUAAAUUUGCGGAGCAUCCGCCCUAUGGACAUGGGAUGUAUUACAAAUUCUCUCAAGAAAACCAACCAUUUGAUUACAGUGGAGGGUGGCUGGCCUCAGUUUGGUGUUGGGGCAGAAAUUGCUGCUACUAUCACAGAAAGUAAGUGUAUUUCUGCUUACGUCACUUUCGUUAUCUACUAUAGAGCCAGAUAACCCAGCAGUGUAUGUUUUGAAUAGCCACAUCCCAGCUAUGGACUCGUAUUUCUUCCAGUGGAAGAACGACGCUCUUUGUUGCUUGAUAAAUUAAUAAAAAAUCGCGCGCAUUCGAUUGAGUGUCGUAAAAAAGCAAAGCAAUCACAACAGCCAAUCAUUUCAAGGAAUUAUCACCCGGAGCUAAUGGGAACUCAAAGUAAAAACAACCAAACUACCUGAAGCGCUGGAAAAACGCGGCGACCAAGUUGCGAUUGGUGUUAGUUUUGAAUCUGAUUGGUCGAGAAAGUGGCGAAAGUUUUCUGAACCAGUCAUAUAGCGCAAAACCAACGCUAUCCCGGAGUACUUUCGACACUCAAUUGAAAAUUUCUCUCUAAUUGUUUGCUGCCCACAAAGAUGUGAACGUGGUGUUCAAAAUAGUUUAGAUAUUACUUUUUUCGACCACCACUAUCUAUUUUUUUUCUCUUCUUAUUUAGGCGAGGCAUUUGACUAUCUGGAUGGACCCAUCUACCGAGUUACUGGGGCGGACAUUCCUAUGCCGUAUGCUCAUCUCUUAGAAUCAAACACAAUUCCUCAGGUUCAAAACGUCGUCCUUACCGUGAAGAAAUCUCUCAAUCUAGCUUAAAAAUAUAAAAUGAAACUACAAUACUACAGUACUUCAUAUUUUACUAACUGCUAAGAACAGAGUCGUAUUAUCUUGAAUUUUCAAAUCCUAGCUAUAAAUAUUCAAUAGCAUUAUGUAAUGUUUUCAUGACCUUUGUUUUACUUAUUGGUACCUAUGUGAGGGUGGUACCUGAAACUUUUAUCAUUCUUGAUGAAUCGAUUUUUAUUUUUUUUCAAUUGAGUAUUAUAAGACACUAAAAUGUAGGUUACUGUAAGCCUCGUUUGUAGGGAUUGAAAACCUGAAGGAUAACGGUCAUGUUAUUGAAUAAUUAAUGAUCAAUCAGUGUGUUCGUUACACAUUGGGGAUCGGAGAAUUCUCCGGCCACUAUUAGGAGUUCUUCGUCUUAAUUUCGACAACCGGAGAUUGAUUUGUUUUGUUUUUUUUUGUUUCAUUUUGCAGACGUGGAGAAUUUUCUCCUGUUACUUUGGAGCAAUUUUCAAUUGAGAGUCGAAAGUUUCUCGGGGCCGUUUUGGUUUUGCAUUACUCAGCUCUGUGAUUGGUCUAAAAGCUCGCGCCUUUUUAUCAACCAAUCAGAUUUAAAAACUGAAGCCGGUCGCGAAUUGGCCACCAGUGUUUUCCCGCGCUUUAAGCAGUUUGCAGUUUUAAUUGUGAGUUCUCAUUUGGCGAUGAGGACAUAAACCUUCGUUCUUAUUGGUGGCUGGGGUUACUUUGGUUUUGUUUUUUAUGAACUCAAUUGAAAACUGCUCUAACUAAGGAUAUAUUUGUUACGGUGUCCACUUCCCGUGCAGGUUUAGUCUAAUCUUUGAUGAUAGGUUUUUUUAUAUCUGAGAAACCAUGAAAAAAAAAAUAUCGUGCAUGUUCUGACAAAAGGUAAAAUCUAACUACCACUGGCUGUCAGGUUACUUAUGUUACUAAACAACCGACUUUAAGUUGCUUUGCAACACACGUUACGAAGGAGUGAUUUGUUUUUAGCAUCACUAGAGUUGGCUGGGGUUGGGGGGGGGGGUGGUAUUUAACGUUUCUUGAGUCUGGUUUACACUUAGCUCUUGAUAUGGGAAAAAAAUAAAUUUUAUGCGUGUAUGUAUUUGUAGAAACGCGAGAUAUUUCUAGAGUACUAGGGAGAGCUGUAACAUUUACUGAAGUUCAGUCUCAAGAUAAUUGAAAAGUUCUGAAAGAUACUUCCCCUCGAACAGCGAAGUCCAAGGGGUUCGGGAUGGGAAACUAGCGGCAUUCCGGCUGUGCUGGUAUUUUUAAGAGGUGGCGGUGUUACUUUACAUGUAAGGUGAGAUGGUGUCUUUGUUUUAUGAGAAACGAUCUUUACCCAUCCCACCGCCCAGCCCCUCCCCUCUGUUCAAUCCCUCUCCCCCCUGUAAAUUUCCCCUCCCCCUAUUUAAGUCCCUCUUGCUACUUGCCAGUGAAGUUUUAUUUUAUUUUUUAUUUGACAAUUUUCUAAAGGCAGGUAAAUUUACAAUAGGAUAAGGUUGUCCCCUACUAGGUAAAUUACCUUUCCCUAUCCCAUACAAACAGACCAAAUCGAGACCCAAUCCACUUACAAGCCCCCAUGCUAAGAAAUAACAAAAUAUAUAAUCAUCAACGAAAGGGGAAAAGAAGAAAACUAGUUGAUUAACAUGCACAAGAAUUAAGAGCAUUGAAGCGACAUUUUACGCAAACUAUUUUAAAAGAACGGAUGUCUCGAUUGAAAACUUUGCCAAGUCUUAGAUAAAAGAAAGAUUUUAGUUGUUUGACAAAAGACGGUGGUUCCUUUUCAGCUCUUAUAUCAUCUGGUAAGGCGUUCCAUAUGUUACAGAUUCUUACGAAAAGGGAAUCUCUAUAUAGUGAGGUGGAAUCAAACCAGGGGUGUAGCCUCAGCGCGACAACGAGGCUAAUUCUUCAGCAAGGUAUCUCGUGACUUUUUCGUGACAAGUUCAUCAGUCGGAAACCGCACUAUGGCAUCUCACUUUGCACUGUCAGUUUUCCUCGCUUUGCUCUUUCCCUGCAUUUAUGUAGAUGCUGACACUCCUGCUAACUGUACCUAUGAAGAGAUAAGUGGAUCAUGGCUUUUUUCGAUCGGAGAAGGAGGCCACGACAACACCAUCGACUGCUCCUCCUUCAAACCUGUCUCUGAGCUUCAAGUGACUUUGUUGUUUCCUGAUGUCGCAGUUGAUUCCGAAGAAAAUGUCGGCUUUUGGACGUUGAUCUACAAUCAAGGCUUUGAAGUGAAUAUAAACGGAGUGGUAUAUUUCGCGUUUUCAGCUUACGAGAAGAGUGGUAAAAAAGUAACCAGUUUUUGCGACAAAACUUUAAACGGAUGGAGUCAUGCCGCAAAGGGUUAUCAUGCCGGAGAUUGGGCUUGUUACAGCGGUAAGAUUUUAUAAAUUUGAGGAUUUUUUUCAGGAAGGCAUUUAUGAUCAUUAUUUAAUGGAAUGUGAAUAUGCAUCCCACGCUUAAAAUUUAAUCGGGACCCGUAAAUUUCAAGUGCAUCGAAAAUGAAUCAAGACAUACUCGAAAGCGAAAGGGAAGUUCAGACUUCCGGUCUUGUUGCUUGUUGUCUUUGCGGCUGAGCAGCGUUUGCUGAACAUGCAUGGCUGCGCACGCAUGAGUCCUGUCAUUUCCUUAACGAAGACUGGAAAGGGGGAUUGAAGUGAAUGACCCUCUAAUAAAAAGUGACCAAUUCGUAGUUGUUCUCGCCGAAUUCUUCUCGUGUAUUAGUACCAUUCGAAAACAUAGAGUAUUUCCUCUCUUUCAAUCUUUGUGCCUCAGCGAACCAAAAAAAGGAAUUUUCCAAGGCUCCACUUGCGAUUUCUUUGCAUAAACCUCUUUUCUUGGCUGAUUAACCGUGCAUGAUAUGCCUUAUCAAUUUAAAGCUUCAACUUCCCCCCUCCUCCUCCUUCCAGCGUUUGAACUUUUGAAGAUUGGUUCGUUCAUAUUCCUACCCCCCCCACCCCUUCAAGAAAAAAAUUGCAUUCAGAUGGCCUACUUAAGCACAAUAUUUUUAUUGAACAGUUGUUUGUACUAUCAAUGAAUGUUGUAGAAUUUAGCAAAGGAUGGUGUUAGUUUUUGGCACUGUUAUUUGGUUCUUUGCUUAAAAACAUCACUCUAUAAUGUGAAAAUUUUCUCCUGAGCCAUUUGCUCAUGACUCUUCACCCUUUAACUCCUCAAUAUUUUAGAUUAAAGCAAGUGUAUUCUGUUGGUUUGAAUUCCCCUCCCAAGGUAGAGAAGGUUCCAUUCCCUAUCCCAAGAGCACAUCACCUGAGGCAAUGGGGGUGGGGAUGUUGGCUCUUAAAAUUGAUGCUUGCAGAAAUUUGUAGGGAGAAUUCAUGUACUGAUUGCUCCUUGGAGUUAAAAGAUAUGGAAGGGUUUGAGGACAAGUUACACCUUUUGCAACUCUAAUUUUCUUGUUUUACUGCCAAAGAAGGUGUAAGGUGUAACUCUUUACAGGCUCACAAGGAAUGAUGAAAAAAGUAUGUUUAUAAUGUGAUUUUCUAAGGGAGUGAGGGUCAGACAAUGAAUGUUAUUGUUAUUUUUUGGUUUCUGUCAUAGGGAAAAAAGUUCUGGGGAAGGUCCCACCUAAAAUACAUGACUCAACACAGCUUUCAAGUGAUAAUAAAAAGUUCAUCCCUAAUCAGGAAUUUGUUGACCAAAUAAACAAUGUUCAGAGCUCUUGGAAAGCUGUGGUGUAUGAGGAUUAUAGUGGGAUGACUGUGGCACAGUUAAUUGCUCGUGCAGGUGGACCAAAUAGACUUAAUUUUCCUAAACCAAGGUAUGCAACUUCUCUCAAUUUUGUUUUCAUUCAUUAUUUUCUGUGAAUAUUGCCUCUUCAAAUAAGUACUUUUGACUGUACAGGCUCUGCUUUUCGGACAUUGUCAUGACAUUCCCCUUUCCUCAAAAAUUUUAUGUCCAAAUUAAAUGAGAAUGCAGGUUAAUCCUGCAGUGUACUAGGAUCUUGGUUAACUUUUCAAACCUGAAAAUCUCACAACUGUAUCAGAAAUUUGCUUAUAUGAACACUUCAUAGCAGUAAGGGUAAAAAAUUGUUCUUUGUUUGUCAUGGAAGUCAAACUGAAAUUUCCGUGUUUAACUAUAGAAAGUGUACAUGUAGCUUAGCAAUUUUAAACAUACAUCUACCAUUGUAAUUAUGGAUACAAUUUAACAGGCAUGCAGACUUGACUCAGAAAUUGCUUGCUUUGAUUUGGCCUUCAGUUCUCCACAGUGUAACCUUGACAACAUUAAAAUCCAUGACAUGGACUGCAAAAUAAAACUUGCCAAAUAAUAUUAUUAUUCUUAUGUUAUUCCUCCAUAACCCUAAGGAAUGGGAUAUGAAGGUGCAUGGUUUCUUUUUUUUUAAGGACAACAAAGUCACACAUUGCAUGAUGGAAUUGUCAGGUAUAGCACUGUGAAAUAUACAACAGCUUUCCUGUAUUCUGAUUGGCCUUUUUUCAAUAAAUUAAAUGAAUACACUACACUUGAUUUACUGUGUCUUUCAGCCAACCAACAGAGGCAGAUCUGUUAAAAGCUAAAGCACUCCCAGAAGAGUUUGACUGGAGAAAUGUUGAUGGGAAAAACUAUGUCAGUCCAAUCAGAAAUCAAGGUAGUUGUGGCAGCUGCUAUGCCUUUGCUACUAUGGCCAUGUUUGAGGCUCGUGUUCGAGUCUUGUCAAAUGCAACUAAAACACCAGUGUUCUCACCUCAAGAUAUUGUCAGCUGUUGUGAAUAUGCACAAGGUUGUGAAGGAGGUAUGUUUGCAAUGCUUUGUGCAGCUUAUAAAUAAAAAUUAUUGGAGUGCAGCAAUGCAUAGAAGAAAAUGUGUGAGAAAUUUAAAAAAGAGAGGCAUGAGGAAUUAUGCUCCAGACACCAUGUAAGAUUACACCCUAACCUUAGUAUGCCUAUUCUUCAUAGUGUUCUCUAUAAAUUUCCUAAGGUGAUGACAAGGAGAAUUUGUGUAACAAUCAAGAGCUUCUUUAGUUGAUGAUUAUUUCCUUAAUUCUCACAACCUUAAUGUGUGAUUCAGGUGUGAUAUUGUAGGGAGAGAUGAAAUGCUAGUCACUCUUAGAGGUCAAAGUGUUAAUAGUAUUUAGAAAAAAUUUACCAUGGCUACUCACCUCAGUUUGAGAGGCAUGCAACCUUCAAAAAUUCUCUAAACAUUUUGACUUAGCUUGGGAUGCCCCCUUGGUAACCUGUUCUCAUGCUCUGAUGAUGUUGCUGCCUUGGUUUCAGUUGACAUGAAGGGGAUGACUUUUUCUUUCUAGGUUUCCCUUAUCUUGUUAGCAAGUAUGCCCAAGACUUUGGUUUGGUGGAUGAAGAAUGCUACCCAUAUGAAGGCAAAGACUUACCCUGUAAUGAGAAGAAGUGCUCAAGGCAGUUUGGGACUGGGUACCACUAUAUUGGAGGGUUCUAUGGAGGAUGUAGUGAGGAGCUUAUGAGGAUUGAAUUGGUGAAGAAUGGCCCCAUAAGUGUGGCCUUUGAGGUUUACAAUGACUUUUUUAAUUAUAAAGGUGGAAUAUACCAUCACACAGGUGAGAUUUUAGAACAACCUUGUCACUUGUAAACUAUACCAUGUUUAUGUGCUGAUCAAUUGAAGUUUCAACAUCCCCCGUACAUGGGCAACCCACAGGUGUUUGAGUGGUUUCUGUGCCUAGGUGGUAUGGAAUUUGAACCUUGCUGGGUGGGGUGGACCUGUAAGUGUCAAGUCUUUCCAGGGUAAUACACAUGUUUUAGUGAAAGAUUUCAAAGGUAAAAAGUCUGCUUUUGUGAUUCAGUGGCAUGGAAAGAUAAUUUUUACAUCAUAGAAUGAUACUUUACAAAGCGAAAAAAAAGAAAACCAACAGUGACACCUAAAACUAAUACAUGACUUUGCUAAAUUCUACAACAUUUGUUGAUCAUGCAAAGAGUGAUUCAAUUUGAAUGCAAUUUUGGCCAGGUAACCUUUUAGUAGUUGAUAAGUUUGUUUGCUGUGCAGUUUCCACAUAAAGUUCAAUUUGAUCAGCAAUUUCUUCUGGCAGUCGUAGGUUUAAACAACUUCAGCUAAGAACAAUAAGAAUGAGGUGAACAAAGCAACUGAGCAAUAAUGACAGCAACCAUUUAAAAAUUAAAGUCCAUAAUGACCUUCAGUUUUUUUGCUCUAAAAUGUUGCUUUCAAAACAUAUCCUGCUCUGAGCUCUCUCUGAAGGUGGUCAAAUAACUUGUUUAGGUUUUGUGUUGAGCACUACAUAAGGAAUUGGAUAGCGAUAUAAAACCAUUAUUCACCAAAGUAUGGGUAAAUAUCCACCACUAUUCACUUAUGCUGAGGUGAAUGUUUUAGUACCUAACAGAAACCAAAAUAAAUGGUACUUGCUAAUCACUUCCGAACAAGCUAAUCAGUGUGAAUGAAAAGCACCAUUUACUUGUGGGGUAUGUACUAAAUAUAAUUAUUCCCUACAUCUCACAGGUCUUACAGACAAAUUUAAUCCCUUUGAGAUAACCAAUCAUGCUGUAUUGGCCGUGGGAUAUGGAGCUGAUAAAAAGACUGGUGAGAAGUUCUGGAUUGUGAAAAACAGUUGGGGAAAGGCAUGGGGCGAAAGUGGUUACUUCCGUAUCCGACGAGGGACCGAUGAAUGUUCGAUUGAAAGCAUCGCUGUCUCGGCUCAACCGGUAAUGGAAUGAGGCUCAAUUAUUGUAAUUGUAAAAAUUUGAUGUAAUCGGCUGUGAUCGUUAACGAUGCAGUAAAGCCAAAAUUUUGAUGUCAAUGGAUUUCCUACGAAUCCAGUUUAGAUCUGUUAACUUUCAAAAUAGUAGUAACCUUUUAGAGAUGAUUCUGAUGGAAAUUCAGAUUUACUUAUUGACAUUUGAUUAAGGCAGAAUAAAGUUAUUUUUUCUAACACAACUUAGAUAACAUUUUAUAUUUAACAGUGGGUGUCGAGGAAGGGAAUCCAAGGGGAGGGGGG